UUAAUAAUGAUUGUUUUUCCUUCACAGGUAUUGAAACUGUAAGCUGAAGCUGGAAUAUACUUGUUAUAAGAGCUAAAGAAGCUGAAUUUUGAAGUUGACGGAACUACAGUCAGAGCUUGUUAAGAAGGAGAUAUGCUUGAUAUCUUGAUACAUUGAGAGCGAUGGAUGGAAACAUGCUGGAAGCUUUUCGAGAAAAGGAGAUCGCUGAAAUGAUGAUGACCAGCAGCAACUACAGUGUUGCUAGGGACAAGUUACUCAAAGCAAAGGAUCUUUUCCCAUCGCUUGAUAACAUCACUGGAAUGUUAACUGUCUGUGACAUACUAUGUGCUGCCAAUGUUGGGAUCUCUGGUUAUUCAACUGACUGGUACUGGAUUCUUCAGCUCAAACCAGGGGCAGAUGAAUCUACAAUAGAGUCUCAGUUUUGCAAGCUCAUUAACCUCUUGGAACCCAUCAAGAAUGAGUUCCCUGGCACUGUAUCUGCCCUGAAACUCAUAAAGAAAGCAUUCCAUGUCCUCUCUGACCGAGAGAGGCGGGAAGAAUUUGAUAAGAAGAGACUUGGUGAUUGCCGGGCUUAUGGGUCGGAUUUACGGGAGCAACCUGACAUGGAAGUUGUAAAAAGGAAAACAGAAGCCAUUUCGCAGAGUUCUGCCGGGCUGAUGAGGAUUGGAGGUGAUACUUUUGAUGUAAUUAACGAGUUGAGCUGUUCAAUAAAGAACCAUAAAAUGAAAACAUCUAAGGAUGUUACUGAGAAGGGAGUCCAGAAUGCUGUAAUAUAUACAGGGGAGCAGGCCUUAAAUGAUUUUAGCAUUUUUGACGAGCCUAGAAAGAAAAUUCGUGCACAAGAGGCAGGUUGGAUUUCCUCUUGCAUGGGGACUGGCUCAAAUAGAGGAUUAGGGGGGAGACCUCUUAACAGUAUGAAGUCAACAGUGGGUUCACAAAGAAAUCCAUCACGGUCACUUUGUAAAAUGCCCAACUCAGACUACUACAACUUCAACAAUAAUAGGAAGGCUGAGGCCUUUUCAGUGGGUCAGGUUUGGGCUGCUUACGAUCAAGAGAAAAUGCCUCGCCGCUACUAUCGGAUCUGUGGCUUUACCAUGUUGCCAUUUCAAUUACGCUUCACAUGCUUGAAACCUAUACCUGGUUGUGCUGAUGAGGAAAGGUGGUGUACAGCUGGAUUGCCUGUUGCUUGCGGGGCCUUCAAACUUGAUAUGGAUUCAAUGAUGAUGGGGGGAGCAUCAAAAUUUUCCCAUGUGGUGUCUCAGGUUGCAACUGUUACAGAUCAGCCAGUUGAAAUUUACCCCCGAAAAGGUGAGGUUUGGGCAAUUUAUAUAGACUGGAAACCAUUUGAUUGGUGUGCUGAUCCCAAGACUAGAAAAGGAUACAGACUGCAGAUGGUUGAAAUAGUCACAAGCUUUUCACAAGAAGCAGGUGUGAGGGUUGUAUGCUUGGAGAAGGUAAAUGGAUUCAGGAACAUUUUCCAAAGACGCCCAGACAAUGGGAGUAAAUCCUAUUUCCAGAUUCCUGGAGCACAUUCAUAUACUUUUUCUCAUAUGGUCCCUGCCUUCAGAUUUGCAGGUGGAGAGAUGAAUGGAAUUUCUGCAGGGAUGUUUGAGCUGGACCCUUUGGCUGGUCCUGCAGAGUUGGUUCAAGGGAUGGCCAAAUCAUUGGGAGAAGAGAGUUCUAGCGACUAUUCAAGCUCCACCGAUUGUCCUUCGAUCCCUACUGCCAUUAUUAUGUCAAAGCCAGAGGUUGAGGAGGAUUUGAAGUCUCAAUGGACAGCAAAGGAUUUUGUCUCAGAUCAAAUAUGGGCUAUAUAUGAUGGUCCUGAUUUCUUGCCUCGACAAUAUGUGAGAAUUAAGAAUUUGAUUUCUAGUAGUAAAGUUUGUGUCACACUCUUGAAGCCAUACCCCAUACAUGACGAUGAGGUCCAGUGGGUCAAAGAGAAUUUACCAUUUGUUUGUGGAUUAUUUCGAGCUGAUAGAAUCACCUGCGACUUGCACUUAUCUAGAUUCUCUCAUCUAGUGAAGUGUGAGCGAAGCAAGGAUAAGUCUUUCUACAGGGUUUACCCUAAGAAGGGUGAUAUUUGGGCAGUAUAUAGGAACUGGAACAGCAAAUGGACGAGAUCUAAUUAUAAUGGUCGCUGUUGUAGGAUUGUCGAAGUCCUUUCAGAUUUUUCUGAGGAGUCUGGGCUGAGAGUAGCCAGCUUAGUUGAAGUGACGGGUUUCCUUACUUUCUUUCGAAGGCAAUUAGACGAUGGUUAUGAACUUUUGCGGACAGUUUCCAGAAGAGAGAUGCUUAGUUUCUCUCACCAGAUACCAGCUUUCAUUGUUGCAGGUAUUGAAACCCAUGGCCUACCACAAGGUUCUUUGCACCUGGAACCUGAUGCAUUACCUUCUGCAUUAAGCAACUAGUUCGUAUCAUCCAACCAUGAGUGAUAUGCUUCUUGUAAAGAAAAAGAAUGAAAUAUCAUUCAUUGUAAAGAAAAAAAAGACAUACAUACUAAUUUACUACCACUUCCUGUAUAUAUCCCUAAUAUUCACCACUACUCCUUUCCCUCUAUCUCUUGCUCAGUUUGACAUCUUACAUCUUAUUACAUUUGGUGGAUGGCUAUAUGAU